UUUCGUACUCUGUGUUGGUGUCUGACGUCCUUCUGACAUCAGUCUCUGUGUCGGUGCUCUGUGUUCUCCUUGCUUUCGGCAGCAUAGGGAGAAAGAAAAAUCGAUCCUGGCGUCUUAAGGAUAUAUUACCAGAUUGAUUAGCUACAGUACAUAAGUACUGUAACGACUUGGCGCGGACAAGGACUGCUGGAGAAGACGAACAUGAUGCAUCAGCAAUCCAUGAUGGUUGGAGAUAUGAUUCCUGUACACUCUGAAAUACCCGUGCAUUCCGAGGAGAUGAAUAAUGUUGGGUACGACAACAGUAACUCGUACGCCUAUGACGACCUGUUUCCUGCGCUGCCACACGCGCAGGCGCCUGUGCAGCGCAACAUUCAGCAGGUCACCAACAAGUUGCGCGUCGGCUCUUCGCUCCAUACCCAGGUUUUCCAUGUGCCAUAUGAAGAGAGAAAACUGGACAACGCCAACACUUUCGGCGAGGGCGAAUCUUUGAGAACUUGCCAAUCCAUUACUAAGGAUACUGGGGCCCAUAUCGAGAUUUCUACCAGUAAGGAUGGCAGCUUGACUUUCCUUAUUACGGGAAAGCAUAGCGCUGUCCUUGAUGCUCGAAGGCUUAUUCUGACGCAUUUCCAGCAACAGGCCAGCAAACAAAUCUCGAUUCCUAAAGAGCACCAUCGUUGGAUUUUGGGCAAGCAAGGACAAAAGUUGAAAGAUCUAGAGAAAGUUACUGCAACAAAGAUAAGCGUACCCAGCAUCGCUGAUAACAGUGAAACUGUGACGAUAACUGGCACUAAAGAAGGAAUUGAGAAAGCUGAACAUGAAAUUAGAGUUUGCUCUGAGGAACAGUCGCGCAAGGCACUGGAACGCAUCACCGUGCCCAAGAUCUACCACCCGUUCAUCCAAGGGCCGUUCGGCGAGCGCGCGGCGGCGCUGAGCGCGGAGACGGGCGCGCGCAUCCACAUCCCGCCCGCGUCCACCAUGAGCGACGAGAUCGUCGUGGCGGGCGAGAAGACCGGCGUGCUGGCCGCCAAGGCGCAGAUCGAGCAGAUCUACGAGGAAAUGGCUAAAAAAUGCUCAACGGUGCGAGUCGAAGUCCCGAAAUCUCAACAUAAGUACGUGAUUGGUGCCCGUGGGACUACGAUCCAAGAGAUUCUAAAGGAAACCGGCGUGUCUGUAGAGAUGCCGCCACCAGACUCGCCGACCGGCACUAUCACUCUUCAUGGCCCGCACAAUAAAAUUGGUUUGGCACUAUCAAAGGUGUGUGAAAAAGCGAACUCUGUGAAAACUGCAACUGUUGACGCCCCAACAUGGAUACAUAAGUAUAUUAUUGGCAAAAAUGGAUCUAAUAUUAAGAAGAUUACCCAGGACCUCUCCAAGGUACAUGUUGACAUUACUCAUUCGGAGGACAAAGUUAAAAUUGAUGGACCACCAGAAGAAGUGGAAAGAGCUCAAGUGCAACUGGAUGACUUUGUUAAAAAUUUACUUGCUACCCUGACUUAUGUUGAACUCACUGUGGAUCCUAAAUUCUUUAAGCACAUUAUUGGCAAAAGUGGAUCAAACAUUAACAGACUGAAGGAUGAGACUGGUGUAGUUAUAAAUAUAAUCGAAAAUGAAGGCAAUAAUGUUAUAAGAAUUGAAGGCAGCCAUCAAGGUGUAGCUGAUGCUGAAAGAGAAUUAAGAGAAAUGGUACUGAAACUCGAAAAUGAAAGAACGAAAGAAGUGUUCGUCGACCACAGAUAUAUUAAGUCGUUAAUAGGUGUUAGAGGUGAUAAAAUAAAGGAGAUUCGUGAAAAGUUUGAGCGGGUACUCAUUACUUUACCAGAUCAGGGUCAGAAAAGAAGUCCAAUCAAACUCCGAGGACCCCAGGAGGAUAUCGAAAAGUGUGAAAAAUAUCUUCACAAGCUCAUGAAAGAGAUCGCCGAAUCGUCGUACGUUCAGGAGGUGCCUAUUUUCAAGCAAUUCCAUAAAUUUAUUAUCGGCAAGGGUGGUGCUAAUCUGAGAAAGAUUCGCGACGAGACGCAGACGGUGAUCGACCUGCCGGCGGAGGGCGACGACAGCGACGUGAUCACGGUGCGCGGCAAGCGCGAGAACGUGGAGGAGGCCGUGAAGCGCAUCCAGCAGAUCCACAACGAGAAGGCCAACGUGGUGACGGAGGAGGUGACCAUCGCGCCCAAGUACUACAACUCGCUGAUCGGCGCGGGCGGCAAGCUCAUCCACUCCAUCAUGGAGGAGUGCGGCGGCGUGCUCAUCAAGUUCCCGGCCGCCGACAGCGCCAGCGACAAGGUGGUGAUCAAGGGGCCCGGCGACGACGUGGAGAAGGCGCGCCUGCAGCUGCUGGCGCACGCCAGCGAGCGCGCGCUCACCUCGCACUCGGCCACCGUGCGCGCGCCCGCCGAGCACCACAAGUUCCUCAUCGGCAAGAGCGGCGCCAACAUCAAGAAGAUCCGCGAGCAAACCGGCGCGCGCAUCGUCUUUCCCACCGAGAAGGACGAGGACAAGGAAGCCAUUUUCAUAAUGGGUCGGUCGGAGCAAGUGGAAGCGGCACGCGCGGCGCUGGAGGCGGCGGUGGCGGAGAUCAGCAACGUGGCGGAGGGCGAGAUGGCCGUGGAGCCGCGCCACCACCGGCACUUCGUGGCGCGCCGCGGCGAGGUGCUGCGCCGCAUCGCCGACGACUGCGGCGGCGUGCAGAUCUCCUUCCCGCGCCAGGGCGUCAGCAGCGACCGCGUCGUGCUCAAGGGGCCCAAGGACUGCAUCGAGGCGGCCAAGGCGCGCAUCAACGAGAUCAUCGAGGACCUCGAGGCCAAGGUGACAAUCGAGUGCGUCAUUCCACAAAGGCACCAUCGCACGGUGAUGGGGGCUCGCGGCGCCAAAGUCAAGGACAUCACGGCCGAGUUUGAUGUACAAAUUAAGUUCCCGGAGCGAGAUGCGACUGAGGGAGCAGACAUUCCUGUGAAAAAUGAGGAGAGCGCUGAGCCAGGCGUCAAUGACAUCAUAAGAAUAACUGGCCGCCCCGAAAACUGUGAAGCCGCUAAAAAAGCUUUACUUGACCAAGUUCCCAUAACGAUAGAUGUAGAAAUUCCGAACGACCUGCACCGAUUGCUUGCCGGCCAAAAGAGAAGGGAGUUGAUGCAGACCUACGAUGUCCACAUCUUGAUGCCGCCCAACGAGGAUAACAGUGAUAUUGUGAAGGUAACCGGCACACCAACAAAUGUUGAGAAAGCAAAAGAAGCGCUUACUGAGAAAAUUGGCGAAAUGGAGAAAGAGAAAGAAGACAGAUUACUCAGAUCCUUUGAGUUGAAAUUCCAAGUGGACCCAGAGUACCAUCCUCUCGUUAUUGGCAAAGGAGGCUUAGUGAUUAAGAAGAUUCGCACUGACUAUGGAGUACAAAUCAACCUGCCGAAGCGCGGAAGCCCCAAUGAUGACAUCAUCACCAUACAAGGCUAUGAAGACAAGGCAGUGCAAGCCAAAGAAGCCAUCAUGGCUAUUGUUCACCAACUUGAUAAUCAAUAUCGAGAGGAAGUGGACAUCGACCCGCGCGUCCACAGGCGGCUCAUAGGCCUCGGCGGCAAGAACAUCAAGCGUAUCAUGGACGAGUAUAAAGUGGACAUCCGCUUCCCCAAGCAGGGAGACGACAGCGUCGUCAUCAUCGCCGGCGACGAAGACAACGUGCUCGAUGCUAAGGAUCAUCUCUUGAACUUAGCCGAGGAAUAUAUGCAGGACGUCGCGGACCGGUACCAGCGCCCUGCAGCUCCGUCGCUCGGCGACUUCGGUGACGUGCUGAGCGGCGAGAGCGCGACUACUGGGAGCGGCAACGGGGGCAGCGGCGGCGGCGCGCCGUCCACCGGCUUCGUGGUGAAGGGCGGGCCGUGGGAGCAGCGCGCGCCCGACACUGCGUCCACGCACGAGUUCCCCACCAUGCCCGGCGCGCCGCGCGCCCCCGUCGCUGCGCCCGCCCCCGCGCCCGCGCCCGCGCCCUCCGUCGCCUGGGGCCCGCGCCGCUAGGCCUCGCGUCCACACACUCCACAUCACCACCAUAAUAAACCCAUAAUAACGCACUAUUAUAUUAUGAAGGCUCGAACGCGUUGUAUUUACCCUAUUCAAAUACUAACAGGCACGUUUGUGUGCGUCCUGCUAACUUCAAUCGCAAAUCGCGUUUUAUUUUGUGUGUAGUUAGCGGGACAAGUCGUACGUGUUAGUCCCUAUAUAUUGUAGGCCGUUUCUUUAGCUAAAUGUUCUAAGCGAUUGAUCUCAUUCAAAACUGUCCUGUGACAAGCGAUCGGCGCUGUCAACAUGAUAGUUUUGUAUGGGAUGACUGCUGCAACUCUUGUGUGAUCAACUGCUGUUAAAAGCUUACAUUCUAAGUCCGUGCCGCGAUUGCGGCCCAUUCAGGUCUUCACAUGGCAAUUUUCUCGUGUGUAUCAUGUUUUUUUUGCAUGCACUCACAUGUUUAAUUUGCAAUUACUGAAAAGUCGUUAUAUGUAAAAGCACUAAGGGAUGAUUCACAUAAUGGGUCUCAAUUUGAUUUAAUGAUUUGAAGAUUUAAAUAAUUCUUUUAAUAUCGUUAAAUUGGAGUCCUUGCUUGAUUUGAGUACAAUUUUGUAUAUUUUGUAUGCUUUCGUUGAAUUUUUUUAUUUUAUAUUGGUAUGGUGCUAAUUCAGAACAAAAAGUUUUUUGAAUUGUUUUGAUUGCAUCUAAUCAAGCAUUUUGCUUGUUGUAUCGAGGUGAAAAAUUUUGCACGGCUGCAAAAUUAUUGCCCUCUCGUGCUUUAUAAUUCCUCGUUACGCUGAUUUCCUUUUUGAAACAACAGGCAGGUGCUUUGUCAAAGAAAGACCAGAAGUGUUGACUUGGAAUAUACCUGUUUUCUAUAAUGUCGAUAAAUUCAUACGAAUUUUUGAAUACAUAGUUAUACUGAUCUCACUGCAUCCAGUUAUUUUAAUAAUAUAUUUCGUCCAAUCAAAGUAGAUCAUGGCAAAUGUGAAUCAUUCCCCAAAUAUUUUCACUCCUUGAAUACAAGAAUUGCUUUGUGAAAAUUGUUAUUUUUAUACAACUCUAACUUUUUGCUUCUGAUUCUUCUUGUGCCUAUGUUUAUUGAGGAAACAUUGUUUCACUUUCAUUGCGACAUAUUUAUUAGGUUUUCAUAGUAUAUUAGUGCAGCAAAUUACGAAGCGCGAACAACACAUUUGACUAUAAAAUGAUUGUGUUUGUUCGAACAGCCUACAAUAACUACAUACAAGUAUACAUUUUUCAAGUACAUAAUUACACUUAUAUCUUCGAUAUCUACGACGGGAAUGAAACAGCAUCUAUAUAUUAUUUACUAUUUUAUUUUUAUUAGUAAUACUUCAAGUAUUUUGUUAUUUUUUUAAUUGUUUUUAGUUUUUAUGACAUUCGGAGGGCUUGUGAUUAUAAUGCAUUAUACACUUUACAUAAUAUACCAUUAAGGGACCUCGCGCAAUAUGCGUCCACGACCACGGUCAGUGGCUGCAGCGUCCAGGUAAAGUAUCAACCCCACUAUGCAUCGCGCCUGCAACUACCAUUUUGGUUCCAACCAACUGAUGCGGAGAUUACGACCCUUUACCUGGACGCUGCGGCUACUGGCCGUGGUCGUGGCCGCGUAGUGCGCGAAGACCCUAAUGUAAUUUUUAAGUCUGUUCGGUAAAAUGAACGGUGGUUGUUCUGCUAGAAAGGACGCAGCCGUUAUUACAUUUUUGUGGAGUUAGUUUCACAUUAUUUACUAUACUGUUAUCUACAGAAGUAGACAUUUUAUGGAUUUAUUUUUUGUCCGUUCAUAAGUUACAUAAAAUUAUGGUUAAAAAUUGUAUAACUUUUAAUAGAAACUUUAGUGCCGAAUUACGCCAUACGAUUUAAUAUAUUAUUAUAAUGUAACAAACUAUCAUUUAUAUUUAAAGCUGCAAAGCUGCAAGUGUCUAAAGUGCGUAGAGUAAUAUGUAAUACUUUUGAUACAUUUAUGCAUAAUUAAUAUAAUGAAUUAAUGAAUGGUAAUAUAAUAUAUUGUUUAUCAAAAAUAUUUUAAAGUAAAUAUGUUAUGGUUAAAGUUUGGAGGUGCAAGUGAAACUACUUAUAUAAUGUAAUUUUGCUGUCGAAUGUACCUAUUUUUAGCAAAAGACUUUUUAUUAUUGAUUCAAGUAUCAAGAUUUAUCGCUUCGAUGUAUUAUUCCGUGGAGUAAAGGAUUGACAGGUCAAAAUUUAUGUUGUUGGCUAGGACUGAAAUCAAAACUUAUGUAAAAAGACCAAACUUGUACUAAGCUUUUAAUUUUCUGACACUAUAGGUAGUAUUAAUUCAAAUGCCAUUUUACUCCACGAAAUGGAUCUACUUAAAUAUAUAAUUAAAUUAAAUCAAAUAGGUCUAGGCAAGCUAUAUUAUGUUGUACUUCGAUUUAUUACAAUAU